UUGGCAUCGUGUGGGGUCUAAUUGGUGGAAUCUCGCUAGCGCGGUCAACCGGAAGAGCGUGCUGGUGGUGCUCGUCCUCCACCUAUGCUGGCAGAGAAAGGCUCGUGCGAAGAGAAAGGCUUGUUGGGCGAGCUGUGCCACAUCAGUCUCAUUCAGUAUAUAGCUCAGAUCACGAGGGUGAUAGAGACCUUAAAAAGGCUUCCACACACAAACGAGACCACCAGUGAUCACAUCGGCCUAGUGAUCACUGUGUGAUUUUUUUUGGAGUGGGAUUGUUUUCAUAUGUUUUCAUGAAGGGGCCCCCUUUGCGGGGCCAAUCGCCGCAUAUCACUGCGAUGUUUAUCCCUAUAUAUAUAUAUAACUGUGGUGGGACUGGAUGGGGUGGAUGGUUGACAGGAGAGAGCAGUUCUCCAACCGAAGGCACCUUGAUGAAGACAAUCUGAAGAUGUGCUACAGUCUUUGGUAUAUAUCGUCAAGAUACGGAGCCAAUCGUUGGCCGAACAACAUCCUUUGCACCAAAAGGACGGCCACCGAAGACUCGGGUUCGGCGUCGACAGGGGGUGUUUGGCAAGGAUGGUGUUUGGCAAGGAUGAAGCUUCAGCUGGUUUGGCGCUUUUGCAAAGAGAACAGUCAGUCUGAGUCUCAGUCUGAAUUUGGCGCAUUGGAUUGAUUGAUUCCGUGAGACAAUCUCAUUGCGAGUGGGGAUCAUGACGAACUCAGCAUCUCAAUGCUUGGUGCGGCACGCCCAGCAACACCUUCAGAGACAGCAGCGACCUUCAAAGCCAUGACGGGGUCGCCGGAGUUAUCGACACCUGCGGAUUUCAUUUGUCCCAUUACGCAGGACAUCAUGGAGGAUCCCGUGGUGGCCGCCGAUGGCGUGUCCUACGAGCGCUAUGCCAUCGAGCUAUGGUGGAGGAAUGGUCAUCAUUCGAGCCCAUUGACCAACCUCCCUUUGGAGCAUGCCAUGUUGUUGCCCAACCAGGCGCUCCGAAACCUGAUUCAGGAGCAUCUCAGCUCCUGGUCCCUCGAACAGCUGGACGAGCUCCAGCGCCGUCGCCAACGGGAACAGCGCCGCCUCCACGACGCGAACGGAAGCGACGCCGUUUCCGCCGUUCCCCGUUUCGCUUCCAACUUUUGCAUUUCCACCCAAGUGAUGCAGGACAGCCAUCCGGCCUUCUUGUUGCUGGCCUUGAGCCGCCGCUUGCUGUGAGAUGCUGGCACCCCGCCGCACUUUUUCAAUCUAACUUGGAAAAGUGGAGAAACCCGUCCAAGUACCGAUUCCAUCGGUGCUGUGACAUGAGGCGUGCGUUCGAGGUGUUUAACCGCUGGUUCUUUUGACUGA